CGGACAGGAACUGUUCGCUACCCAGAAGACCCUUCCUUUGUGACUUCUGAUUUCCAGCUUGUCUCAUCCCCCCUUAACCAUGGCAAGAAUUUUGGAGCCACUAAUUGUUGGGAGGGUGAUAGGAGAAGUCCUGGACCCCUUCAACCCCAGUGUGAAGAUGGUAGUAACCUACAAUUCCAACAAGCUGGUCUGCAAUGGCCAUGAGUUCUAUCCUUCUGCAGUCGCUUCCAGGCCCAGGGUUGAGGUCCAAGGGGGUGACAUGAGGUCUUUCUUCACUCUGGUCAUGACAGACCCAGAUGUUCCUGGCCCUAGCGAUCCUUACCUGAGGGAACACCUCCAAUGGAUCGUGACUGAUAUUCCAGGCACCACUGAUGCUUCUUUCGGAAGGGAGGUGGUGAGCUACGAGAGCCCAAGGCCCAACAUAGGCAUCCAUCGCUUCGUGUUCGUUCUCUUCAAGCAGAAGCGAAGACAGGCCGUGACCCCGCCGGACUCGCGGGAUAACUUCAGCACCCGCCGCUUCGCGCAGGAGAAUGACCUCGGCCUCCCUGUUGCUGCCGUCUAUUUCAAUGCACAGAGAGAGACUGCUGCCCGAAGGCGCUAAAGCCUACCAACCAACCUAUAUCAAUAUCUCUCUCUCCCCAAAUCUAAAUCUUCUCCCUUGGACUUUUCUUUCUUCACGCACAAAUAAUAAUAAGAAGCUAACUCAUUGUGAGGGUCCGCUUGGUUCUUCUUUUCCUCCCUUUGCAAAGUUGAGUAUGACGGAGAAGGAUGUUGACUGGGAGCAGUGCAUGAGUUGAAUCUUGCUGUUUUCCAGAACCGGACGUGUCGAAUGGGAACAGGCUGAGAGGCGUACAAACCUCGGUAGGCCACCCAUGGCUUUGUGUUUGUUCUUAGUGCUAUAUUGGCUGCUUGAUAGCUCUUUGACUGUUGGUGCUGUUGAUGUUACUUUUUCUGGUGUAAAUGCGUUGUUUGCUAUCAUAUGAUAAGAUUUGCU